UCACAGUUUCUCUUUGCUUGUGAAUGGGUGAAGCCAGGGGAGCUUCCCCACCAACUAACUUGGACGGUUCUGCCUCAGGGCUUUCGAGAUAGCCCCCACAUAUUCGGACAGGCACUGGCUAAAGAUUUCAAGGAACCUGAAUUGCCCAGCAACAGCCUUGCCCACUAUGUGGAUGACAUUUUACUCUGCAGUCCCUACAUGCAGCCAUAAAGACCCUAAAUUUUCUAGCCUUCAGGGGUUACAGGCCCACAUUGUCUGCCAGUCUGUCAAGUAUUUGGGUUACAAUCUCACCCCACUUCCCACUUUCUGAGGCGAGGAAGCAGGCUAUCCUAAGCCUCCCAGACCUUGCCUCAAAGAAGCAGAUGCAUACCUUUUUAGGCAUGGCUGGCUUCUGCAGGAUCUGGAUCCCCAAAUUUGGGACUAUUGCCAAACCCCUCUAUGAGUCUGUUCCAGAUCCUGCUAACCUUCCUCUUGAAUGGGGACCUGAUCAGGUCAUGGCUUUUAAAACACUGAAAGCCAAACUGAUCUCUGCCACUGCCCUUGCCUUCCUCGACUUAGAGAAACCUUUCACUCUGCAUGUGGAUGAGAGAUGUGGGCAGGCUUUGGGGGUCCUUACUCAGGUUCUGGGAUCUGACCCCAGAUCCUUUGCUUAUUUCUCAAAGAAGCUGGACUCAUUUUCCCUAGGAUGCCCCUCCCGCCUUAGAGUAGUGGCUGCCACAGCCCUUUUAAUUGAGGAGGCCUUAAAACUAACCUUGGGACAGCCAUUAGAGGUUUUAACCCCACACAGAGUCCAGGGAAUUUUAGAAGCCAAAGGCACUAGUGGCUUGAGAAUGGGAAGCUUACUAGAUACCAGGCCCUCCUGCUAGAUAUCCCAGACCUGACUCUGCAAGUCUGUCACAUUUUAAAUCCUGCCACUCUGCUCCUCUCAACCAGGAGACAUUAUCCAUAAUUGUGAAGAAGCUUGUUAAGGUGUUAAGGGGCAGGUCCAUUCUCAGAGAGCCUCCACAGCUGUGAAUCAUAGCAUCUGAAGGAGUUACAGGGCAAUCUUUACUGACACAGGUGUUGCUUGUGGAUUGGAAACGAAAUAAAUGGGAGGCAGAGGGCAGAGAAUACAACUGCUUCUCAGUCUUCUUGUGUCAGCCUCUCGCAAAAAGAUCCAUUCUGCAGGUCUGGGUUGGAUCUCCAGCAGCCAGUCAGGUAGUUCUUGUUUGCCAAUAGAAGCUCUAGAUUCUGUCCACUCCAGUAGAUCUGACUUAAGGGAAAUUCCCCUUGAGAACCCAGACGGGGAAUGGUUCACAGAUAGGCCACAGAUUCUUGAGAAUGGGGAGAGAAAGGCAGGCUAUUUUGUGGUGACUCUUCAUAGUGCCCUGGAGGCUAAGCCACUGUCUCCUGGGACUUCUGCUCAGAAGGCUAAGUUCAUUGCCAUGACCAGAGCGUUAGAACUGGGGAAGGGAAGGAGAGUUAACAUCUAUACUGACUCCAAAUAUGCUUUUCACAUUUUGCAUGCUCACGGGACUUUCUGGGAAGAAAGGGGUCUAUUGACAACAAAGAAUCCCCCCAUUAAACACGCAGGAGAAAUUCUGCAUCUGUUGCAAGCUGUCCACGAACCCAUGGAGAUCUCAGUCCUAUUUUGUAAAGGACACCAGAAGGGAGAUUCACUUCAGGAUAAGGGAAACAGGCUUGAAAAUUUAACUGCUAAAGCUGCUGUCCAUUUACCCUUGACUAUGGCACCUUUAAUCCCCCAGCUCCCUGAUUCUUUUACCCCUUCCUAUAGUUCACAGGAAAAAGCCCUUGCAGGGGAAAGGGGGUACAUCCUUUCUCCCUCUGGUUGCUUUCAAAGAUGCUCAGACCACCUCUUAAUCCCAGAGGCAAGUCAGUGGAAACUGAUCUUUGGUCUUCAUCAGGCAACACAUCUGGGGAGGAAUGCUCUCCAAACCCUGGUGAAAUGCAUUUUCACGGGCCACAAGCUGGGAGACGCAAUCAAACAUUUUCCAGGCUGCCCAAUUUGUGCCCAGGUGAAUCCUGAGGGAGCUAUUAAGCCCCUGCCUCUCCUGGAGUCAGUUCAGAAAAGGGGCACAUACCCAGGUGAGGAUUGGCAAAUAGACUUCAUGCAUAUCCACCCUCCCAGUUGCUUUUGGGUUUUGUUGACCCAUUCACUAAUUGGAUAGCUUUUCUUUCCCCAGACUGAGAAGGCUCAUGAGGUAUCAAAGUGCCUGAUGAAUGAGAUCAUACCGCGUUUUGGCUUGUCUAGCUUCUUACAGAGUGAUAGCCCUAGAGGACCUAGAGGAUAGUUCCCUAGAGAACUUGAAAAGCCUAUGGAGAAAGAAGGAUGAAAUUGCCUGGUAAUCUCCUUCCCUCCUCAUCAUGAGGACUCCACUCCUGAUGCUCUUUCCAGCUUUCCUGGUCUUAUUCCAUGGACCCUCACCAGUGGGCUGACAACUUCCUGGUCAGACAAGGGAACUCUGGGGGACCAGGAUUAUCCUGGUAAACUCACCCACUAUGCUUCUCCAGAACCUUCCUUGAAGCUUCUUCAUAACCUCCUGAAAACUGACAAACCGAUUGAUAGAAUGUUUUGUGACUACCAUCAUCCGUGGGGACGAGCUACCAGGAGACUGCUGCAGAACCUGACCAUUUGUGCACCUAAGGGAUAUGCUUUUCUCUGCUUCAAGUUGCAAAUUUUCGAUUGCUCCUGCAGCCUGGAGAUCAUGGGACAACUGAUGGGAACACACAUCAUCAACAUCCGUUGGAUGCUGCAGCUGCUGUCUUCAGAUCUCAUAUUUCCCCUCCUAGCACAAACCUUCCAUGAAAUCGGGGACAGCUCUAGACCCUUCUCAGCUUGAAGAAGUUACAGAAGUCUGAGAUCUUUGCUCUUUUUUUCCCCAAAUGAAUUUGGGGAUAACUGCUUGAGGGGGGAAGAUGACGUGAGUG